UUGAUCAUUUAUUGUAAGUAAACAAUUUACCUGUGUACAAGUCCAUAUCAUACGGUUACAUGUAAGUUGUGUGAAACGUGGGUGAUUCACAUAAUUAUACAGGUUAAAAAACACAGAGCAUCCGUAGUUACUUGAAGAAGAAAAAAAUGGCUGACAAACUAGCAGAACUGAGAGCGAAAUGUCUAGAGCGAGGAGCUGGUGGAAUACACGGCAUUGGCAGAACUUUUCGAAAUAUUGACGACGAUGGUAGUAAAUCUCUUAGUCUUGAGGAAUUCAGAUAUGGUCUAAAAGACUUUGGCCUUAGCUUUCCAGAAAGUUCUGUGCAAGAGUUGUUUACCUACAUUGACAAAGAUGGCAGCGGUACAAUUCGAUUUGAUGAAUUCCUACAAGCAAUAAGGCCUCCUAUGUCGCAGACUAGAAUCUCAAUCAUCAACGAAGCAUUUAAAAAGUUUGACAAAAAUGGUGAUGGUGUAAUCUCCGUAGCUGACCUCAAGGGUGUUUACGAUGCAAAACACCACCCUAAAUACAAGAGUGGACAAAUGACAGAAGACCAAGUUUUUAGAGAAUUUCUUGACGUGUUUGACCAUGGUGUUAAAGACGGAAAGGUGACCAAAGAAGAAUUUAUCAAUUACUACAGUGGUGUAAGUGCCUCUGUAGAUACUGACCAAUACUUUGUGGAAAUGAUGAGAAGUGCAUGGAAAAUGUAGGGAGACUGUUCAAUAGGAACUUCAACAUUAAGACAAAGGAUGGUCGAUAUUUAAUACUUCUGCAAGCAGUAGGGACGGCGAUAUACUAGUUGAUGAGAUUUGUUGAGCAACAGCUAGAUGCAGUGAAUAAUAUUUACCUCAUCCUAGAUCAAAAUGUAUAUUAUGUAGGAAUUAUUCAUGUCUGCCCAUCUUUCUAUGUAUGUCUGGCUCAUAGUUUGUCAAUACAACGAAGGAUAUUAUGAUAUGCAUUUAAUAACUGUUUCCUAACAUCAGAUUGUAUCAUAAAGAAAGGAAUUUAAAUAAUUAUAAAGGUAAUUAGCUUUGGUUAAUUUGCUACCCUUAUAGAUUUGUAUACCUCAUUUUCAAAUAUGAAAAGUCUUGCCCAGCUAAAAACUUCAUGUAUUUCAAACUAUAUUAAAAUCAAAAUUAAAUGACUAGUCACUUA